ACAUUGAUAUCUAUCAUCGCCAGGUAGAAAAGGUCGAAAGGAGGAAACAGGAAUGGGAAAGAAAGGAGGGAGCGGGGCAAAGCAAGCUUUGGUGGUGGUGGGAGGCCUUGCCUGCGUGUGGCUGGCCAUUGAGAUCGCUCUCAAGCCCUUCCUUCAACAGUCCCGUGCUGCGAUUGACAAGUCUGACUCGAAUCGUGACCCCGAUGACGAAGCCCCUCCCUCUGGCGGAGAUGCCGCCGCCCCUUCCCCUGCUGGAGAUGCCACCGCCUAAUGCCCAUGCUUCCUGACGUUAUUUCCGGUCUGCCUUAUCUGUCGUUACUACAAUGAUCGUUUUUUUCCCCCCAUGUAUGUUCGCCCUGUUUUCUAUCGCCUGGAUAUUCACGAGUCUGAACUGAAUUGGAUGAGCCUCAGGGAUUAAUUCCUUGUCUCUCUUCCGCAAACCCUUGUUUGUAUAUAACUUUUCUUUUCAUCUAAUAAUGAAUUUUCAGCAUCAGGCGUCAUUUGAGAA